AUGGAGAACCAGCAGGAUGAUCAACAGGGUCAUACAAGAUGGGCCGAUUUCCGACCCGACCAUGAUGAGUUCACUGGCUCGGCGGUUCGUGGAAGGUCAGGAUCCACCACCCAUCUCUCACGCCCUCUCGAUAGUCACUCGGGAGCAACCUCUCAGGCUACUUCUGCGGCUGGCCUCAGAGUUGUCUCAAAGGGUUUCGCAGAAGUGGAUGCCAGUCCGGGGAGAAGGCCUGCCAAAGAUUUAGGUGGCGUGGAAAAGCGAAAAUGCAACUCGGACCCCAUCUCCCAAGGCUCUGAUGAUCUUCAAGCGGCAACACAAGAGAUACUUCCAAAAAAUCUUCAAGCACGUCGACUAUCAGUACCGGACUGA